AUGGCGGAAACUACCACUCCUACAGCGAACAGUCCAGUACCCGCGACAAUAUCCAUCUAUGGCCUGACCGAGCUCACUCAAGGCGACGCGGUUCGAGAAUUUGACAUUGUUUUUGUACAUGGCCUCCAAGGUCACCCGGAGAGCACGUGGACGUUCUCGGAGGGUACAAACAACCAAGCAUCUACCAAACCACCUUCAAAGGGUUCCUUUUUCCGACGGUCCGCAAAAGCAGCUGCAACGGAACCCGCAGCUGAAUUGCCCGGAACUCCUCCACCGUCAAACACCUUUUGGCCGCGAGACUUCUUGCUCGAGGAUUUCCCCAAAGCGCGCGUUUUCACCUAUGGCUAUGAUUCCUCCGUUAGCCACUUUUUCUCUGGCCCAGCUAAUCGCGACAACAUCCUCGACCGUGGACGAGACCUGCUCGAACGGCUUGCUCCUCAGCGUGAGAAAGUGCGAGGUCGUCGCAUCAUUUUCAUUGCGCACUCUCUUGGUGGUUUAGUCGUCAAAUCGGCCUUGAGGCUAUCUGCCGAAGCUGAGGAUGAAGAUGAAGACCUGAAAGACAUACUAGCAUCAACGGCGGGCGUCUUGUUCUUCGGUACCCCUCAUCGCGGGAGUCUUUGGGUCAGCACGGGCAAGAUCAUCUCCCGUUUUGCCAAAGCGAUCGGCUUCUCGACGAGUAACAUCAACCUCGAUUUGCUCACGCCGAAUGACGCAAUGCUGCAAAUACUAAGAGAUGACUUCAGAAAAAAGCUGGACAAACAGAAAAUGCUCUAUGUUACGUCUUACCAGGAAUCAUUAGGGUACAAAGGCUUCAACGGCUUCGAUGAAAAGAUUGUAGACCCGGACUCUUCAGAAAUUGGACACGCAAAAGAACGGCGCCUGCCCAUUACCGCCAAUCACAUGAACAUGUGCAAGUUCAGUAGGACGGGUCCGACUCGGGUUGAUUAUGAGCAAGUGAUUAACGAAGCUCAUGAUCGCACGCUCUCGUGGCUCCUACAAGCGGAUCAGCAAGGACCCGGCCUAAUGAAUUGGCUUGCCGUUGAAGAAGGCAUAUUUUGGAUCCAGGGUGUGCCAGGCUCCGGGAAAUCUACUGUGAUGAAGUACCUUUGCGAGUCGGGCGACGUCGCCAGAACCCUAGAGACAUUCGAUUGGUCUCAUGCAGCAGUUUUCUUAACGCGCGAGAUUGAGCAAGAGAACAGAUCCUGGAAAGCAGUCGUCGGUGCAAUCGUGUACAAACUCUUAUCUUUCCACCCCGCCCUUCAUUCCAUCAUCGAACCGUUGAUCGCUCUCCAUGACCAACAAAGCUCCUUCUCUCUAGAAGAGCUUGAGAGGAUUCUGCUUCUAUGCAAGUCGCAGAAAAUAGUCAAGUUUCGCAUGUGUCUUUUCAUAGACGCCUUGGACGAGAGUGACAACGAUGAGAAGAAUUGGGAAUAUAUGGCCGACUUCUUGGAGUUCCUGGUAUCAGGUGAGGCCGACCAAGGAUUUGGUACCUUCAAGGUAUGCGCCAGUAGCCGUCCGGAGAGCGCGUUCGAUGUACGACUGAAGGGCCGACCUGGCUUGCGGGUGCAGGAUUGGACCAAAGGGGACAUAUACUAUUAUGUCCAUAGCCGAUUGGAAUCCCACCGGCGCGCACGAGACAUGGCUGGAGAUUCGGAAUUCUGCGAUCAGCUGCAGGAGAUCUGCAGGUUCAUUGUUGAUCAGGCAAUGGGCGUGUUUCUUUGGGUUCGCCUGGUCGUCGACAGCGUGCAUGUCAGCCUAUCACGAAGCGAAUACUUGGGGAACGUACGAGCGCGACUAUUGAACCUGGAUCAGACAAACACACAAAUGGCUGAACUCUACUUGUCCACACUCGACAAUAUACCGGUAGAGACUCGCGGAGAGACGGACGCCAUCUUCAGGACGCUCCUGGCGGCGGAUAAACCGGUGAGUGUAAUGGAUAUCGGUGUCCUUCUCGAGGUGAUUCCAUAUCAAACCUUUACCGAAGACGGUUAUGCAAUUGAGCCCCGUCCGAUAUUGGAUAUGAGUAGAAGUGGCCCUAGAUUGGAGCAGCGCAUAAGAGACGCAACGGGAGGAUUGGUGCAGGUCGUUAUGCCAGAAGGAUACAAGGAAGCCUUGGAAACGUGGGAAGCAAUCAGGAGAUCGAUUGUUGCCAAACCUUCGACCGAGCCCGGAGAAGAUGAUUAUGCACACGAAAAGGCCAGGAUCGCUUCAAGAGAUGAACUGCUCGCAGGAAUAGUGUCAGGUGUGCAUGACGAGACUGUCAGCUUAACCAAUCCUGAGGCUUGCAUCGAUGCGUUUCAUUGGUGUGUGCAGAACUCAAUGCUCAUGCCAGACGCCACGGUCUGGACUGUUCAGUUCCUCCAUCAGACAGUGAGGGAAUUCCUGACGACAUCUGACACAAAUCUGAUUUCGAGGAUGAACGAUAAAUUUCCCCAACCACAGGAGGGAUUCAUGGUAGCUGGCGCUAUGUACCAUAUCUCAAUCGCACUCGCCUAUGUUCAGCUGAGCGACGCCCUGCGAGAGGAGUCUAGAUGGACCCUGGAACCAGCAGAGAUCAUGAUGAGGUACGCCCCCGAGCUGGACUCUUUGGAAGGAACGAAAUCCUACGACCUUAUCCACGUUCUUGAUCGAUGCUUAUCAAAGUCGACCGAAGGGAAGGCUUACUGGCCGGGUCCACGCCUGAACCACCCUCCAGCCUGGAAAACUACGUUCCUGGCAUUCGCGGUGAGCAACAACAUGUGCGCUUUUGUCUCGGAAGCGCUGAGAAGACAACCUGAUCUCAUUAAAAAGCCCGGUCGUCCGCUGCUACACUAUGCAGGCUGGUCCCCAGGCAAGUAUCCGAACCCUACCAUGGCUGACAUCCUUCUGUGCGCAGGAGCGAACCCAGGCUGGGUCUUUGACGAGUCGCCGCAGAUAUCCAAGACAGCGUUGGAAAGCCUUUUCUUCGGACACGUUCAAGAAAAUGGGGCUUUACACUUCGAAUACAUGUGGACGCUCGCGCAUUUCUUUGACGACUCAGGUUUCGAUUCCCGCGUUCCCUGCCCUUCUGGACCCGAUCUUAUUGUCCACGCCAUGUCCGAACACCCCGAAAAAUGGACUGAAUGGACCACCAUCUUUCACUACAUUGCCGCAAUGCCCGUACUACUCGCGGACAAGAUAGAGUUCUUUAAGAAAUUGAGGACACUGGUCGACAACUCCAACGUUCGCACUUACGACAAUUGUAUGAACGUCCGCGACUCAAACAAGCGGACCGUCUUCGAAGCUCUGCUCCAGAACGCAAGUCCAGAGGAUGUGACGCCAGAGAUGGCCGGUCGCAUGCUGCGGGGCCUGAAAGCCAAGAUCACAAUGGAGAUGGUGCGUGUCAAUUUCGAGUCGUCGAAAGACAAGGAUGAGACGCCAAUCGCGUGCCAUAUGCGCGCGGUGACUCCUGUGUUCUUCAGGGAAGAGUUUAGAAAAGAUCGCUACUACACUAGUGGAGCUAAGAGCCUCAUCUCUAGUCUCAAUCCUCUUCACUUGGCUAUCGCCGGCAGUACGUGGCUACCGCUACGUAUAUACUUCCGCGUCGUCGUGCUGUGGCCAGCGCUGUCCCAGAUCUUGAUCUGUGUGCUCACGUCACCGGUAGGAUUACAAAUAUGCAAGUAUCUGCUCCUUGGAAUUUGCUGCUUGCUGGUUUGUGGAGCUGUAGCUGCGGUAUUGUGGUUUGGCUUGUAUGUGUACUUCGAGAUGAGGAAAUCAGAAGCUUUUGGAGCUUAUGCUGUAGCGGCGGCGAAGGCAAAGAAGAAGUAA